AUGGAGUCCAUUCAGUCUUUUGUCUCCUCCCUCUGGAAGUCUGUCGGCUUCUGGAAAGCCGCCGCAAUCUUCUUUGCAUUGCUUAACCUCAAGACUUUCCCGAUUGUGUGGCAUAUCCGAGUUUACCGCUACUUCUUCAAACAUGGCUACCUUAUCACCCCUGCUGUGGAACAACCUGUCCGCCCGAGCACCGAACUCCUCAAGCCCGUCAGCAUCUUCUCCCGGGCGCCCAUAAUGGAACUCGACUUCAAUAUGCACAAAUCCAAUUCGACCUACUUCUCUGAUCUAGACGUUUCCCGGACGGCUCUUAUGUCCAGUAUCGUAGUGAAGGGAGCAGCUCUCCUGAAUAAGCGACUCGGUGCCCUGGGAAAGAAAGGUACACUCGGCUUUAUCCUCGGAAGCGUAUAUACCAGCUUUAAGCGCGAGAUUCCGGCGUACAUGAAGUACGAGGUCAAAUCGCACGUUGCCAGCUUCGACCAGAAGUGGAUCUACAUCAUCACUUACUUCCUCAAGCCGGGCAAGGCGAUGAAGAACGGACAGUCCGUGGAUGAGAACGCUCUGAAGAAGAGGUUGCUCGCUGUAUCGAUCAGUCAAUAUGUGCUCAAGAAGGGUCGCUACACAGUUCCCCCCAAGGACGCAUUUGAAGCUUCAGGAUACAUGCCGGUUCUCGACAUGACGACUGCAAAUGGGCAUUCUUCGGGGUUGGCGAAUGGGCAUGCCAAUGGUACUACUGUCCAGCGUAAGGAGACUUCUAAUGGGUCUGGUGAGUGGGAGCGUCUGAAGGCGGAAAUCGAUCGUGGGUUGACGGUGGUCGAGCCGUUUAUCAAUCAGGAGAAGAAGCUCCUGGAAGAAUUUGUGCACAAAAUGAGCCUCCCUGGGUUUGCUUAG